AUGCGCUUCCUCGGUGCAGGAGCGUGUAGCAUCGUUUUUGCAUUGUCGGAAGAGGAGGCACGUGAAUGGGGCCAUCUGCUGCCGUCUCAUCUGCUGUGGCAACUUGCAUUGCGACUGAGCGCGCGGAAGCUGCUUAGAUGCCCCACCUGCUGUGAUGCACUGAACGACUUUAUUGGUUUCAGAUUAGGUAUCGGGUUGGACGAUAAGUUGAGGGAGCGAUGCGCCGCUGCCUAUCCGCUAUUUGCGGCUCGUUGCCAAGAAGCUCUUUACGCUGAGCUUGUCUCCAACUUCGCAGCUGACCCACGACAUAUUCAGCUCCAUGGCGGGAGAAGCACUUCUGACGGUGUAGGGACAGAAGCUAUGACAGACAGUUGGCCACAUUACUCAACUUUGGCCAUGGAAAUCAAGCCAAAGGGUGUAUGGAGGCGGCCCGCUGUUGUGGGUGUGGUCGUGGACGGUGUAGAAUAUUAUUUGCAUCCAAUCAAGCUGCGUCAGUGCCGAUUCUCGCUCAUGCAACUGCUGAAACGCAAAAGGCACAACCAUAGCACCCCGGUGUCCAUGGAGCGUCGCUGCACCUAUUGCCCAAAUCAGCUGUUGCUGGGUGAUGGGUCUUCUAUCGUAGACGCACUGCAACACCUCAGCGAACACCCCGGAAAUAACCUUGCGAUUCUUCAUGCAACAGAUGCAGGUCAAGGGCUGAAUGAGAACUCUAUUGACAUUGUUUCCUCUGUUCUGCGGCGAUCGGGGAUCCUCUCCAUAUUAGCAAAUCUGCAACUCUUUGGCAGCAGUUCCAGUUGUGAGUGGCCUGUGCUCGACAUUGAGUUGCUUUUUCGGUGGAGUGAGGCACGAAACAUGUCAAGCGUUCGUUGGAUUGUUUGCAGCACUUGCGAGGGACAGUUUGCGGCUGAAAGCUGUGCUUGUCAGAGUGAGCUUCCCCUUUCGUUAUGCAUGGAGACAUGUAGCGGUAUUCAUUUGACACAUUUUAUUGCCCCUCCAAUGGGUUUUGAGGAAUGCGUUGAGCGUUUCUACGCUUCCGUCACAGCGAAGGAUGUGUCCGUGCUUGUUGCUUUAACGAUAUCAGAGAAGGUGGAGUUGCCACCAUCACUGUCGUCACCACCAAAGUUGGGCAUGGAUGGUUCGGCAGCUGAGGAAAAGUCAGCAAAUUUAUGUAGCAACCCGCGUGUCAGGUUCAUCGAAUGCGGAGAUACACCUAAUGGUGUGACGAUUAACUUGGAGCAUCCUCAAGCAGCCAUAUGUCGUGUUGGCGUUGUGGAUUUGGACGCGAAGUGGCACAAACCCCUGAGCCGCUAUUUUGAGCUUGACCGUGAAGUCCUCGCAGCGUGGGAGGAUUAUAAAGUUGUAAGCGCACCUGAGUUUCAUUGUUAG